UUUAGCAUUGACAUUCAAUUGAUAAGAAAUAAUUGUAGGGAGGGAGAUUUGUGUUCCACCAUUUUCUGCCAAUUCUUGUCUUUGAAAGGUUGAAGGGUGAGUUGAGGGUAAGAAGAAGUAAUAAAGGAAUAGAGAGGAUAUCAAGAAAGAGCUUUACAAGUUGUGAUUGUUGCACAACAAUGGCUAAGCUGUCCAUCAAUAUCCCAGUAAACUUGCAAAAAAUCGGGGCGAAAGGCAGCCCUCUAAGAAGAAACUCAACAGGCAACUCAAGCCUCCAAACAAAUUAUCUCAGAGCCUCAAUAGGUUCUUGCCAUGAUUUCUGCAAGUACGGCAUCAAACGCAGUUUUCCAGCCAAGUCAAGGCCUCCUCUCAGUCCAAAACAAAAUAACAAUGUAGGCAUCGUUCUUGGGAAGAGAUCACAGGAAAAUAACAGAGGAAAAAAGGCGUUAAACUAUGCUAAAUUAGUGUCUACUUCUGCAAGAAAACAGCCUACCGAGUUGAAACCCAAACCUUGUGCAAGAUGUCAUAAGGCAGUAACGAAACAACCCAACGGAACGUUCUUGAAAAGCUCAAGUUAUAUAAGAACAAGUCGGAAUAAUGCAAGUAAGGAGAUAAGAACAUCAAAGGUAAUCAAGAAAAGCAGUUAUCUUUCUCCUACUAAUUCAUCUUCUCAGCGAUCGGCUGUCAAGGUUCCAACUGCAAAGAGUAGAACUCGCAAGAGCUUACCGAAGAAGGUCACUAAGUCCAAGUCUGAGACUGAGAAAACCAGCUAUGAAAACAUUCCAGAGAAGAUAAUACAUGUUAUUGAACCAAAGGAGGAAAAACAAACUCAGGGUCUGGCUGAGGAAGACUCCCCUUGCACUGCUCCCACUCCCAGUUCAAAUUCAAAUCAGAAUGCGAAACCAGAUUCAGCUGCAGAAAUCAAGAGCAGGCCUAUAAGGAUUAAAAGAGUUGUCCAAGAAGAAAAGGAUUCUUCUCCCAGAAAGCUCAAGUUCAGGAGAGCAAGAGCUGUUGAAAUCCAAAAUGGAAAUGCUGCUUCCUUUGAGAAAAGCAUAAGGAGACUAAUUUCUGAUGGGGAGUUCAUGCAUAGAAGAAAUGAUCCCGUCAGAGGUGCUUUUCAUCGUCAGGCUGCGGAACAGAAAAAUAAGAACCCGGGCUUGAUGAAUUCUGUAAUUGAAGAGACUGCAAGCAAACUGGUUCAGAUGAGGCAGAGUAAGGUGAAGGCCUUGGUUGGUGCUUUUGAAUGUGUGAUUAACAUUCAAGAUUCAGAAAGUCCAAGAAACAUCUAAGACAGCCUGAUAUACAUGUGUCUGUGUGUAUAUAAAUGUAUAUGUGUAUAUAUACGUAGAGGUCUGCCAAAGUUAUUCAGUUGUAUAAGGUUCUUGGCCUCUGUAUAGAGCUGAAUGCUUUAGGCCAGACAUUUUAUAUAAAACAGAAUGUACAUUGGUGAGUAGCAUGGAAGAAAAGGAAGACCUUUAGGGAAGAUUAGAGCAUAUCUGUAAAUAUUCAAGGGGGGACACAAGUGGCCUAAGGCCAAGGAGACGUGAAGCACAAAAGAGCUUGCUUAUUAUGUAUUUCUGAUAUCAAUAACAUACAAAUACAGUAUUCAAGAGA